AUGCCUCCAGGAGAGUGGAGUGAGCUGGGGAACCACUCCCAGGGCACUGAGUUCAUUCUGCUUGGUAUCACAGACCUUCGAGGCCUGCAGCUCCUGCUAUUCACUGUUCUCCUGCCCACUUACCUCUUGACCCUGCUGGGCAACUUGUUCAUUGUGGUCCUCUCCUUGGUGGAUGGCCGUCUGCAAACCCCCAUGUAUUAUCUCCUGAGGAAUUUUUCCCUGCUGGAGAUGGGCUUCACCUCCAUCAUCACUCCCCAGGUCCUCAGCCACCUCCUCACAGGCCAUAAAACCAUCUCCGCACCCAGAUGCUUCUCCCAGAUGGUCCUUUACUUCACCCUGGGCACUGUGGAGUCCUUCCUGUUGGCUGUAAUGUCUGUGGACCGAUACCUGGCUAUCUGCUAUCCCCUGAGGUACCCAGCCCUUAUGACCAGCCAAACCUGCCUGGGGCUGGUGCUGGGCUGCUGGGCUGGAAGUUUCCUCUUCCUCUCAGGGCCUUGCAUCUGGCUGCUCCUCCUGCCACUCUGUGGACCAAAGGUGCUCAAUCACUUCUUCUGUGAUAGCACCCCGCUGCUGGCUCUGGCAUGCACCGACACCAGACUUCUGCAGCUGUUUGCCUUCUUGGUGGCUGUGUGCACCCUGGCCGGUGCCGUCACUGUGACAGUUGCAUCCUACCUCUGCAUCAUCUGGACCCUCCUGCAGCUGUCCUCUGCCCAGGGCCGGCGCAAGGCCUUCUCCACCUGCUCCUCCCACAUGCUGGUGGUCUCCAUCACCUAUAGCAGCUGCAUAAUCAUGUACCUCCACCCAACCCAGAUGGGACAGCUGGACCUCAACAAGGGAGUGGCCUUCUUCAACACCAUUGUUGCCCCCCUGUUGAACCCUUUUGUCUACUGCCUGAGGAACAAGCUGGUGCAGCAGGUCAGCAGGGAUGUGCUGGUCAAAGGAAGGGGGCCAUCUAGGCACCUCAGAGUUUGACUGGGGGGCCCUGGGACCUUCUAGAGGGGUCAG